GUAAUUUCAAUAUGGCUGUUGAGCUUUUUAUCGUGCGCACAUCGUGUUGAAUAAAUUUUGUGUGUUGAUUGAUAUUUUCAACUCAUUAUAAGCAUAUUAUUUGAUAAUGGCACCUUUCAAACUUCGUUUUUCAAAACUAUCAAAAUCACGUAGUAAGGGAAGUAGAAGUAGCAGUACAGAAUGUGAUGAUACAUUACAACAAAUUCAACAUUGUUCAAAUAGUCGUCCAGAAACACCAGCAAUUGAAUGUAAUUCAAUAACUCCAAUAAAUGAAUUGGGAACAUUUCCAAAUUCACCACCACCAUCAUACGAGCAUGUACUUCAAGAGACAAGAUUAAAAAGAACAGCAAGUGGCGAAGAAGAGAAUGAGGAAGAAGAAGAAGAAGAAGAAGAAGAUAAUGGAAUUGUUGAUGAAUGCAAUGAAAUAAAUUGUAAUGAACGAAGAAGUUUAACUGGAAGUUGUGAUGAAAGAUGUGGUGGUGGUGAUGGUGGUGGUCCAGGUGGUGGUUGUUGUGGAGUUAGAAGAAUCGAAACAAGAGCACCAGAAAUAAUUCACAAAUCAAGCAAAGAAUUGUACAGAGCUGUUGCUAAACAAUGGGGUUUAACUUGUAAAAUGAGUGAUCAAUGCAGGUGUUUUGAUUGUCAGAGUCACUAUUUUGAUUCUGAAUAUGACAAAGAUGAAAUGGAUAAAAGUGAUGGGGGCUUGGGUGCUGGUACACCAAUGUUUAUUGCUGAAGUUAUGCACGGUACAGCUUGUGUUCUCCUCUAAAGGUAACAAUAAAAAAUAAUAACCAAAAGAGAACAGAAAAAAAAAAUAUAGUACUGAAAAAUACACUGGAAAAUGGAAAAAUAACUAUGAAAAUUAUUUUUUUUAUAUUAUUAUUUUUUUUUCAAAAAUUUUCCAGUUUAUUCGAGAUAGAAUUCAUGUGGAAAAUUAGUUGAUGGACGGAAAAAAUAAAAAUGAUAAAAAAUAUAUAUAGAAUUACAAUGUUGACAGGAGAAAACAAAAAAAAAAUGUAAUAAAAAAAAAAUGUCUAUUUCCAUUGUUUUAACUUUUUGACAUAAAAUCAAUUUUUCAAACUUUGGUGUUUUUUAUUCUGCAGUUAUUUUAAAAAUAAAAUAAUAAUAAUAUUGUUGACAUAAUAAUAUCAUUGUCAUUGUAAAAAAUUGUUUUUUUAUUUUUUUUUAAAUAUAUGUCAGAAAGAGGUGUGAUAAAUAAUGCUGUGAAUUAAUUAUUCAAGUGUAUUUUAAUAUAUAAUUUAAUACACUUGUAAUUUUUCAAUGGAUUGAUAUUUGAUAAUGCAAAAAUAGAUUGAUUAAAUUUUUUUUUUUCUUCAUUAUAUCAUUCAUUAUAAUUGCUAAAUUAUAUUUAAUGUAAAUUAUUUGUUUUUUUUAUUCAUUUAAAUGAUUGUAUUAUAAAAAAAAAGUUAUUGAUAUUAAAUUUUGAUUAUACAUCAAAUUUAGAAAUAAUUUUUCGAAGCUAAUAUAUCAAAUAAAUGUUAAAUUUAGUUGCAUUUAAUAAUACCAAUAUAUUUAUUUAAAAUUACAUAAAUUAAACAUUGUUUUUUAUAUAAUUUUAUCAAACUUUAAAAGUUGGUAAAUUGCCAAAUUCAAUAUUAUUCCGAUGAUAGAAAAAAAUAUUCACUUGAAUGAUCUUUUUACUUUUUUAUCAAUUUUGUCAAGAGUCAUCUUCAAUAUAUAAAUAAUAAAUAAUACCAAUAUAUAUUUUAACUAUCAUUUAUACACACUUCAAUUGACAGAAUGCAAAAAAAUAAAAAAAAUAAAUAAGUAUAAGUAGUCACUUAAAAUAUUCAUUUAUUUCAAUGUGAAAAAAUAAAAAAUAUAAAUGUAUAAAUAGCUGUCUAAAAAUAUUUAAAUUGAUAAAAAAUUAUUGAUUAAAGAAAAUUCAAUUUACAAAUGAAAAAAUGACAUUCAAAUUUACAUUAUUUAAAAAUAUAUAUAUUGACUGUUAAAUCGAGACUUAUUGGCAAGCCAAAAAUAAAUUUAAAAAAUAUCAAAUCACUUUUUAUUUUUCGUUGGAUAAAAAAAUUAAUUUUUUAUGAUUUUUUUUUUUGAAAUAAAUAAAUAAAAUAUUGGUAUAUAUUGUUAAUAAUAAUUUAUAAAAAAGUGCAUUAUGUAGUUUAUCAUUGUUGCAAAUGUCAACAUGAAAAACAAAUGAAAGUACUAAAUGAAAAAUGAUAAUGUAUAAUAAUUAAUAUUCAAGUGUAAAAUUUUAAUUUUUUUUUUUCAUUUAAUUUUCAUGAAUAUAAUUAAAAAAUUAUUUAUAGAGCACACUUGAUUGUGAUGCAUAUAAAUGGGAUUGUUGAGGGACUAGUGACAGAUAACUCAUUGAGUUUUGCUGACUUAAUUUUGUCCCCAUAUUUUAUAUCACGUAUGGAUAGGUAAAAAUAAAAAAUACUGUAGAUAAUUAUGUAUAAAAAAUUCACAUUUGCACUGAAGCGAAAACGCUGAAUUAAAAUAUUAAAAAUAAAAAUGAAACAUAUUAGGAAUAGAGAGAGAGAAAAGAUACCUGUAAAACACUUUCAUAUGCACUUGAAUUUAUUUUUUUUAUACUUGACUCUAACGAGUAUAUUAAAAAUU